GCAAAGCAACAAGAAAAAAACAGCAUUUUUAAGACAUCUCAACUGAGACACAAAAAGGAACAUACACACUCAUCAAUCUUAACAUACACAAAACAAAAAACCAAACCUUUUUUUCCACUCUUAACACUCACUCUACCACUUUUAGUACUUUUCUCAUAUUCUUCUUUCAUUCUGAAGUUUCAUUUCCAAAACAACACACUUUCACUUUUUGUAACAAUUCACAAGACUCUAGUAGAAACUUUUUGUUCAUAGCUUCACUUGAAACAUGCUUUCUUUUUCCUUUGUAUUGCUUUGUAGAUAGUGUUUGAAUAAGUUUCUUGCUAAAUUCUCAUUUGGGUUGGUGGGUUUAUGAGUUUUUGAAUUAUGGUUAUUGGGUUGGUAUGGAUCUGGUUGGAUCUUUUACUUCUGAGUGUUACAAAGAUGAAAUGAGUGUUGAAGUUUGGUUUUUUAUGGAGUGAUUUAGCUUUUGAAUCAAUUUGAAAUGGUGGGUCAGUUUUAGUUUCAAAAGGGUUGGUGUGGAAUAUGAAGAAAAAGGUUGUUCAACAGAAAUCUCAGCAUAAAUGGAAGAAGAAGAUUUUUGGUUUGAUUUUGGUGGUUGUGCUUUGUUUUGGAAGUUUGUUGUUUAUGCAGAUGCGGUAUACUCAUGUUUUGGGGCUUGUUUCAUUGCAACAUCAAUUUGUUUCUCAGUCUCAAGUUGAGAAGCCUAAGAUUGCUUUUCUCUUCAUUGCAAGGAAUAGGCUUCCUUUGGAAAUGGUUUGGGAUGCAUUCUUUAGGGGAGGCGACAACAAUUUCUCGAUUUUCGUUCACCCAAGGCCAGGGUUUCUGUUGAACGAGGCAACAACUAGAUCAUCUUAUUUUUUGAACCGUCAAGUUAAUAAUAGCAUUCAGAUAGAUUGGGGAGAAGCAAGCAUGAUAGAGGCCGAACGCAUUUUACUUAGACAUGCGCUUGGCGAUCCUUUAAAUGACCGCUUUGUUUUCCUCUCAGAUAGCUGUAUACCUUUAUACAACUUCAGCUAUACAUACGACUACAUCAUGUCAACACCAACUAGUUUCGUUGAUAGCUUUGCUGACACAAAAGACGGUCGUUACAAUCCAAAAAUGGAUCCAGUCAUUCCAGUCUAUAACUGGAGAAAAGGAUCUCAGUGGGCUGUUCUGAUCAGGAAGCAUGCCGAGGUUGUAGUGGAGGAUGAAACUGUAUUUCCAAUGUUUCAAAAAUAUUGCAAGAAAAAACCACUACCAGAAUUUUGGAGGGACCAAUUCAUUCCUGCUGACACGUCAAAGGUUCAUAACUGUAUACCAGAUGAACACUAUGUUCAAACAUUGCUGGCUCAAAAAGGCCUUGAAAAGGAACUCACACGAAGAUCAGUGACACAUACUGCAUGGGAUAUUUCCAACUCAAGAGAUCGUGAGCGUCGUGGAUGGCAUCCAGUUACUUACAAGUACUCAGAUGCUACUCCAAUGCUUAUAAAAUUUAUAAAGGAAAUAGAUAAUAUUUAUUACGAAACUGAAUACCGGAGAGAAUGGUGUACAAGCAAGGGUAAACCAUCAACUUGCUUCCUUUUUGCAAGAAAAUUUACUAGGACUUCUGCUUUGAGGCUUCUUAACAUGUCUGUUCUGGGAGAUUUCAGUUAAGAGAACAAAAUGGUUAUUUCCAGUGGCUGAUACAAAGUAAUUGAAAUAAGAGGGAGAAAAGAAAGAGAAUAAAGCAAAAACAAUUGAAGAUUAUUGACUACCACACUCAUCUGUAUAUUGAAUUGUUGUAUUGUAUAUUUAGAACAGCUAAAAAAAGAGUGGUUGUGAUGUACUAUAUUUCUAUUUUUUAUUUUAUUUUUUCAGAAUAAUUUUGGCAACUUGUGAACAAUCAUGCAAGACAGUCCCUCAUAAAUCAUACUAGUAUAUAAAUAGAUAUUUGAUUGAAGAUAUAACAGCAUAAACAGUGUCACAAUCACAAGACACUCAAAAGAUGAAUUAUUUGGGGCAUGUUGAUGCUAUCCUUGCAAAUAAGGGAGGUGUAGGUGAAUUUGGUUC